AUGUCUAUAAUGGAAAACUGGGGGGACGGAUUUGCCCAACCUAUAAACACAAACCGACUGACAUCUGCUCAGUUAUCCAACCUGGCUUUCUUCUUUGGAGGGGUUGGCGACGCUCGGCACGUCUUUGGAUCUCUCGUUGGAUUCCAUAAGGCUCGCGCGAGGCUGAGCAAUGACAAGCGUGCUCUUGUGCGCGUGCAUAUGACCUUAUGCAACAUUAACGCCACUGCCCUCGCUCGUGACGUUUGUCUCUGGCUCUUGGUCCAGCAGCUCAAUGAAGCAUCUGACCAGAUUUCCGAACUGGAGAUCAAGGCAACUUUCAUGUACAUAUUCUUCGGUGUGAUCAUGCCUCCAUACUGCCACCAAAGGAUGAUGACGACAAUCGAUGACCUUGAGAAACGGCUUCUCGCCAGUCCGCUGGACCUCCCUCCAUGGCUACACACUGCCGUCAAUGUGAAGACCACGAAGAUGAUUCUGCAAAACCACGAUUACAACGAGUACAAGGAACGUUCAGGCGAGGGGAACGUCUGCGUGGACCCAUCAGGCGAUUCGCCCUGCAAAGGCAGGCUGAACCCACGCCAGAGAGAGGCACUUGUCGAUUAUAUGCUCGACCAAUUCUUCGGUCAUAAUGCCGCAAGUAAUGGCGACAUGAUCUUCGAGGAAGCUUGGUAUGAGGGCACUUCCUGCUAUCUCCCACCGCCCCAGCUUUGGGACAGGCAUGAAGGCUUUGACGUUUAUCGCUCUAUGAAGAGAGGGGAGACGUCCAAUCGCCUAUCUGAGAGGUUCCACAAGAUCCCGAAAAGAGUACGGAAGACAUGGCUGCCAAAUACCACGCUGUUUGAUGAGGCCAGCGAUCGCGUUAACCACUUCUAUCCAGAUCUGCACAUGGAUGCAUUCCAGGCUUCUCGACAGAUCAUGGAAUUCAACGAACGCGCUGGAUUGGAAGAAGAAGAACGUGAAACCGACGUAGGGAAGGAUGCCCCCGUAUUUAUGCAUGCCUCUCAUUUCCUCGAUGGCGUCGUGGAGGUUAUCAAGAAAUGCGAAGGGCAUGUCAAGCUAGAGGUACUUCUCGGGGAGUUGACUCAAGAGCUCGCGAAGAUGCGUUUCGGUGGUGACCAUACCCGCCCGAUGUCGUUCCCUAGACAUUUCACAAGAAUGUGGUUAAGCAAUGUUCCAGAUUACACUCAUGGUGUCAUUAAUACUGCCGUGUAUGUUCUCCCUGACCUGCAACAGGAGUACGAGAUCGCCGCAGCCGCUUCGAAUUGCCUACUCAAUACAGAAUUCUCAGCUGCGGGAGUAGUCGAGCCUGAAUCACAGGUACACACUGCUCCACCCGUCCGACGUUCCCCGCUAUCUGGGAUGCCGAUUGCUACACACAGAGGUCAUCCAAGACGUCCUCGUCCUGGGAUCGCAACCGCUACCAAGGCCGCUAUCCUCGCUCGCCACCCGCUGACCAAGGUGCUCUUGUACAUGCUGGUCCCCGGAAAUCCCGGCGGCACGGGCCCCGUGCGCGUCCGCCUGCCGAACAGCCUCUCAGCGUUCAUCGGCCUGCUCAUCCACCUCGGCCGUGUUGCCUUCCCGGCACAUUGGCUGUCCGAGUUCCUGCAGAGCGUCCUGCGGGACGACGUGGUCACGGACGUCGCGCCCUAUCGCGGUACGCUCCCGAUCCCCCUGUCGGACCUGAAGCGGCGCGUGCCCCGGCGGAAGGUGUGCCUGCACCCUCUGCGCGCGGAGAUGGAGGUGUUGCUGGCCACGGCGCAUCGCGGACUCCCUUUCGCGGUACCGCUCCCCGAGGGCUUCGCUACAUCGUCAAACGAUAUUGGGCUAUUCGAAACACGUAUGACACCGAACUUCAUCACCAUGAUGAUGCCGAUGUUCAACAACGACAACACGAACUGCCUCCUGUUCUACAAGACCGCAGGCGCGGAGAACGCGGCGGACAUCGUUUCGCGCAUCGGCGAUAUGAUCGAGGGCAAGAAUCCGCCGAAGCCGGGAAGCAUGUAUAUUAUAACGGCGCCUGCGUUCCUGGAUGUGCGGGGUAGCUUCGCGCGGUGGUAUAUGAGCAAGUCGCUGUUCGAGGAGAUGAAGGCGGAGGAGAUGAGGAGGGAGAAGUGGGUGAUGGUGGCGUACCGCAGUGACGUUUCCGAGCUCGUGAGCGAACCAACUCCGAGCUCGCAGUGGAAGCCUGCGAAGCAAGGUGGAUCCUAUUAG